CUUCCAAAGUUGGAUUAAGCACAUACCAAAUCGACUAAGCAAACCGCCUAAACCUUUAACUAUUCAAUUAUUAUUAUUAUUUUAUUUCCCCUUUUUAUCUAGACUAGAACAAAUGUGUAUGUAUAUGUGUAUGUAUUGUUGAAUUGAAUAAUUUGAAUCCGUGCUAUCAUUUGUGUGAAUCUGUAUCUCCAUCUCUCUCUAGAACUACGAUUCUGCGUUCGCUCUUCUUCUGGAAUUCGUUCUUCAAUUCUCUCUCUGUGUGCUGGUUUGAUGGCGAUCCUGGACUCGCCGCAGAGCCUUGACACAACGUCGUCCAGUACCGAUAACGGCCACGGCCACGGCCACGAGCGCGCCGCUACUAUUCGCCGCCGACCAAGCGCGAGGUCAGUGGAGCCUCUGCUGGACUCCGAUUCCAACUCUAUCGAGACCGAGAGCGCCAUAAACGACGCUGAGAAUGAUCAGAAUGAGGCCAAUUUGAUCGGGAAUCUAGGCGGAGGAGCGGUGGAAUCUGCUAAUGAAGAGCAGGAGUCGGAAUCCGCAAGUGAAGGAUUGAGCUUCGGCAAGGAGAAAGAGGACAAAGUGAAGGAGAACGGAGAAAGUGGUGACGGCGGCAAAGGAGGUGAUGCCUCGUCGAUAAAAUUCGCGUACAGGCCGUCGGCGCCAGCUCACCGCAAAAACAAGGAGAGCCCUCUCAGUUCCGACGCUAUCUUUAAGCAGAGUCAUGCAGGUCUCUUCAACCUCUGUAUAGUAGUGCUUGUUGCUGUAAAUAGCAGACUAAUCAUUGAAAAUUUGAUGAAGUACGGCUGGCUGAUUAAAGUAGGCUUUUGGUUUGGUCCUAAAUCACUUAGGGAUUGGCCACUGUUCAUGUGUUGUCUAAGUCUCCCAAUCUUCCCCCUUGCUGCGUUUCUUGUCGAGAAGUUGGUGAAACAAAAGAGUAUACCUGAAUGGGUUGCAGUCUUUCUUCAUGUUAUAAUAACAACAACAUCAAUCCUGUAUCCAGUUGUUGUCAUUCUUAGGUGUGAUUCUGCUGUUCUAUCGGGUGUCACUUUAAUGCUCUUUGCUUGCAUUGUGUGGUUGAAGUUGGUUUCCUACGCGCAUACAAAUUAUGAUUUGAGGGUACUCUCAAAAUCACUUGAUAAGUGGGAAGCUUUAUGCAGUUACUGGAACAUGGAGUACUCUUAUGAUGUUAGCUUUCAGAGUCUCGCAUACUUCAUGGUUGCGCCGACGUUAUGUUACCAGCCAAGCUAUCCACGUACAGCGUGCAUUCGAAAGGGCUGGGUUUUUCGACAACUCAUUAAACUAGUAAUAUUUUCAGGGUUCAUGGGAUUUAUUGUAGAGCAGUAUAUUAACCCAAUCGUGCAAAAUUCGCAACAUCCAUUGAAAGGAGACUUUCUAUAUGCAAUUGAGAGGGUCUUGAAGCUUUCAGUUCCAAAUCUAUAUGUGUGGCUCUGCAUGUUUUAUUGUUUUUUCCACCUCUGGCUAAAUAUACUUGCUGAACUUCUAUGCUUUGGCGAUCGUGAAUUCUAUAAGGACUGGUGGAAUGCAAGAACAGUUGAGGAGUAUUGGAGAAUGUGGAAUAUGCCCGUUCAUAAAUGGAUGGUCCGGCAUAUAUACUUUCCAUGCUUGCGGAAUGGGAUAUCGAAGGGAAUUGCAGUUUUGGUUGCAUUCCUUGUGUCUGCUAUUUUCCACGAGCUGUGUAUUGCCGUCCCUUGUCACAUAUUCAAGCUUUGGGCGUUCAUUGGUAUCAUGUUUCAGGUCCCUCUUGUAAUUGUGACUAAUUACUUGCAAAACAAAUUCCAAAACUCGAUGGUGGGCAAUAUGAUGUUCUGGUGUUUUUUCUGCAUCGUCGGUCAACCUAUGUGUUUGCUGCUAUACUAUCAUGACUUGAUGAAUCGAAAAGCUAGUGCAAGGUAAGAAGAUCUUCAUCCCCGGAGAAUAAAUCCUCAGAAUACCAAUACCCCUCCCCAAAAAAAAGGGGAAAAAAAAAAAAAAAAACCCGGGGGUGCCGAAGAAAAUGCACUGCUUAUGAUUUCAUGUAAAGGGGGUUAGGGGCAUGCAAUUUUGGGUCGAGUUUUAUUGCACAUUUGACAUUUGAAUUUGUACAUUUACGCUAGCCGCUAUAUGACACUUGUAAAUCUGCAUUUUCUUUCCGUAUAAGUCUGUAAUAUCAUUCAUUCCCUUGGUCGACCGUCGUACUUUGAGUAAACUGGAAUCACCAUUUUUUAAUGAAAAUUGCAUGUUUUAAAAAAG